AAGACAAGCGUUGAUUCACUGGUGAAAAGGUCUUGAAGUAAAGUGACAAAGUAGAAAAAAAGAGAAUAUUUCAAUUGAAAUUGAACCAGGCAAAGUAAAAAAUCGGUAGCCAUGAACGGAUACGAGGAUUUGCAGCGCAUGAGAAACGAGUUGGAAAAUUUGCAUGAGCAAGUCUUGUGUUCCAAAUUUGAUCUCAAGAUUGAAGAACAAAAGACACCCUUCAUCCGAGAUAUGCUCAAAGCGGAAGAGAUCAAACAGCAAAACUUGGCAAAAUCGGAACAAUUCUUCGCUGAAUGUUGGAAAAAGAUGGAGGAAACAGAUGAAAUCAUGCACCAGCUUGACUUGACGCUAGGCGUUUCUGGUUAUCAUCAAGAUAUUUUUUGCGUAGUAGAGGAAAUUCUACGACAUCGGCAAAAGAUUUCGGACGAACGGGAGCAAGGGCAUCGACGGCGUAUGGCCGUGUUGGAAACAGAGCUUAUGCGUAUGCCUCAUGCCAAAGCCAUGAAUGCUCAACGCAAAAAGCUGCAACAACUCGAAAAGGAGCUCGACGAACUUGAUCGUCAAGUGGCUGCCGAGCAAGCCGAAAUUGAUGCAAUCACUGAAGACGAGCAGAAAUGGGCCACAACGUACGAGUCGAGUAUUCGUGAAGUUGAAAUGGAAAUGAUCAAAGACGAAGCUGAAAUAGCACAAAUCACGGUGGAAAUUGGACGGAUCAUUGGGUUAUCAGUUGAAACGAGUGCAGAACAAUCGAUUGCACAGCCAACCUCACAAGCGGUCACAGAACCGUCAACGGUUCCGAAUGAAAUCCCGUUGCAUCUUCAAAAAUUGGAUGUCGUUGAAACAACAAUGAACGAAUUCUCGGACAUGACUUUGAGCUUCACGGAAGUGAGCACACAAGCAGCACAACAUUUUGCACCCGCUGAUCAAAGCGCACACGUGAAUGUACUUAACCAUGGUGAAAGCGGAAGCAGUAGUUUGCCAACAGCAGACAGCAGUCAAAGUGUUUCGAACGCUACACGUCAAUCGGUCAUCACUAUGGUGCGCACAGAUCGUUCGGACGAGUCGAAAUUGGUAAAAACUGGCGAGAACAAUGCACCAUUGUUUCUUGCACCAUUGGCACCUGCUCCACAUAAUCGCAAAGAAAGUCCAUUCGUGCAAGCGUCACCGGCUAAACGUUGCUCGUUUGAGAUUGGUGAAUCAUCACUCGAACCACCGCGCAAAACACCAUGCAAGCCACCACGCCAAUCGCUUCAAACCAAAAUUGGUUCCAUCGAACGCAGUCGCAUUUAUCGCAAUGAACCCGGUUUGAAUUUGGUCAAACGACAAUAUCCAACUGAGCAAAAGUUGAUGAUUAAACCGUCAUCUAUACAGAAGAUUGUGAUUACAAACUCUGCACAAUCACCGAUGGGUGCUACCCCACGCGAAGUUGUAUUGCAGUUACUCGUAGAGCAUCAUGAAAAUGAUGGAUCGGGUCGCUCGGUUCAAUCGUCUCCAUUUCAGCCAAUUAAAAUACCAGAUCGCCGUCCAAUCAUAUUCAACCAAGCUGGCAGUUUUCCUGUCAUAGCCGGUGGUCGAAGUGUGUUCAAAGCGCUAACAAAGUUUUCAAGCGUCAAGGCAACGGCUAAUGGUCUGGCCACAGCUUUUGGUGAAGGUACGUUACAAAUGUGGAAACAUGAUGACAACCAACAAAUGGACAAGCCGAAUGAACGACCAGGAACUUCUUGCUCAGCAGAACGGGCAAAACGUAAACAUGGCGUUAAGGAAUCAAACCAUUCUGGUGGCAAAAUAUGCAUUGAAGAAUUUGAUAUGAACAUCGACGCUUGGAAACAUUACAAAUUGAAAUCAACGGACAAGCCGAGUGAAGAACCAGGUACUUCUGGCUCAGCGAAAUCGCCAAAACGUCAACAUGACGACGAGGAAUCGAAUCAGUCUAAUGGCGAGGGAUCAUUUGAUGGUGAUUUGACACGGGAUACGAACGAAUGCAGUUGGGACAUGGAUUUGGAGCAGUCUGAUAAAGUGAGAUGCGAUCAUUGGGGUUUGGAAUGAACAGACGUUCAAAAAAUCAUAACCAACGCGCCAUGAACGUUUUAUCUUAUCAAAGAUGACAACAUUUUUCUUAUUUAGGUCUUUCGAUAGACUUGAUUCAAGAUUCAAUACGGAUAACAAUUGAUCAUUUUCAUUUUUUUCUUUACAUUUAUUCAUUGAUUCUUUUUGUUACUUACAUUCUUAUUCGAAUAAGCUCAUUUUACCAACAUUCGAUCGAAUUUUUUCCAAAUAGAAGUUCGUCUCAUUUGUACAUCUUAUUUAAUCAACAACAACGAAUUGUUUUUUUUUUACCAAAAAGGAAAUCGAAAUGUGACACAGAUUUCGUUACAGCUCUAGCUGAAUGCGAAGAAUUAUAUGAAAGCAUGAAAUAAGAAGAAGAUUUUUAGUUUUUUUUUCUCUCGAGAAACCGUUAUUUUAACAUUUAAGAAGAAAGAUAUAGUCACGCAUUUGUGUGAAGUGUUUAUGAAUUUGAAUGAUCCAUCCCGGGUGAAACAAAAUCUCAUGAAAAAAAUUCAGAGCACAGAACUACAGAAAUAAUUUUUAAUAAUGAUGAGUUUUGAUUGAAAUAACAAAGCUGAAUUUGAAUUAAUUCAAAUAAUAUUUAAU